UUGGUCGCUUUUUCCUGCUUUCUUUUAGGUCUUGGAGGGGCAGCACUCGACGGCCGAAUUCUACCUAGCACUUUUCGUACAGCCCGACCAGUUCUCGCCGUUCUCUACGCUUUUGGUAUCUUACGUUGCUGGGACCUCAAGACUGAAGCAGGGUUGACUACCAUUAAUUUGGCUGCUGGUUCCUUGGGUUCUGGAGUGGCAUUCUCCAAUGCAAAAGCUGACCGUUCUGGCGCAUCAGGGGCGGAAUCAGAGCCACUGGUCAUCAAGUUGGCCUUUUGCCCAACACAAGUAGACUCGAUUUUAGAAUCUUCAAGCGGCGACAUAAUUGCUGUUGCAGGAGGCCAUGGCAGUGUGAUUCUGUUACCAGUCACGCAGAGGCAUUUACAUGAAGGCGUAGCUUUGGUCAGUUUAUUAUUUCAAGCAUUAGGGCCGGUUGGUAUGAUUAUAUACGGAGCAUUGAUUUGA